AUGGAGCACUUCGGUGAUAUUCGCAACGAUCCGUACCACUGGCUGCGUGACCGCCGCAACCCGGGGGUUCGGCGACUGCUGGAGCGCGAGAAUGCACACACGGCAUCUGUCUACGACGCGUACGGCGGAACGCAACUGAGCCGCACUCUCUUCAACGAGAUGCGGGCGCGCUGGAAGGAGGACGAUGCGUCGCUGCCGUACCGCGACCGGAGUUACUGGUACUACACGCGCACCGUGCCCAACGCCGACUACCCGGUCUACUGCCGGCGUCCCGUCAAUGAUCGUACGGCGGCUUUUGUGCAGGAGGUCGCGCAGUUGUGGGCGCAUGACGCGAGCGCGCCGCUGCCACCGUACGACGACGAGGUGGUGUACCUCGAUGUGAAUCUCCUCGUCAAGGAGCUGCGGCUCGGCUACGUGGAGCUAGGCGAGAUGGAGGUGUCGCCCGACGAGACGCAGCUCGCAGUGGCGCUUGACUGCUCCAAUGGGAAGGAGAUUUACACCAUCUUCGUGCUUGAUAUCAUCGACGUAAAUUACGGGCGUUGGCUGGAGGAGCAGUCAGAGCUGCACCGUUCCUGGGCGGCGGCGAUGCUGCGGUCGAAGCAGUCCAUCUACGCCUCGCCGACGUCUGCGCUGCCACCACAGCGCAGCCCGACAACACCGAGUGGCGCAAGGUGGAAGGGAGGCGGCACCGCCAACAACAACAACAACAACAACGGCAGCAGCAGCAGCAGCGGCAGGAGGAGGGGAAACGACAACAGUGGCUCCGUGACUUCCGCCUUCCAAGCUGCUGCGGCCUCUCCCACCACGCGGACACAGACGCAGCAAGUAGCCCCAAAGCACAAAAUAACACGCCGCAUUGAUGUCUUUGACGCAGGUGGAGAGGUGCUGUGGCUGAACCCCACCGCGCUGCUUUACGUGGGACUCGACGGCAAGAUGCGGUCGUGCCGCAUCAUCUACCAUGAUCUCACUGCUCUGGUGCAGGCGGAGGAGGCUGACAUCAUCUGUUACGAGGAGCGGGACGAAGCCUUCUGGGUCGGCUCGCUCUGCUUCUCGGCGGACGAGCGCUUUGCUAUGUUCAGCGUUGCCUCGGGCAGCUGCGCCGAGGCGUACGUUAUCCCGUGCGACGCCAGGUCUAGGCGUCGCGUCAGCGGUGUGCCUGUCGUUCGCGUCGCCGUCGACGAUGACGACUCGAAGGGUGAUGAAAGUGAUCACAAGAACCACGGCAGCAACGGCGCAGAAAAGAAGAAUAGUGAUCAUUGUGCGGUGUACUGCUUCGCGGAGCGGACGUCACACGUCGAUCACGACAUUGACCACCACGAAUCGCUAUUUGGUGACGGUGUUGGCGCGUGGGUGGUGGUGACGACAAAUGCCCCACCUGGGCCAGAAAACUUUCGGGUCGCCUACGUGCUUGACGACGAUGUGGCGCUGCGCGGCGACGGCGGCCAGACGCUUUCAACAGUGCUGCAGUGGCGGGCGCUCUUCGCAUACGACCCGGAUAUUAGUGUGGAGGGUGUGGAUUUCCUGCGGGACUACUUGCUUAUCAAUGUGCGGCGCGCGGCGUUCGCGACGGAGCUGCUGCUUCCUGUGCGGACGCUGUGGAAGCGCUGGCGCGACGGCAGUGGGGGCCGUAUGCAGCCGUUGUCNCGCGACGGAGCUGCUGCUUCCUGUGCGGACGCUGUGGAAGCGCUGGCGCGACGGCAGUGGGGGCCGUAUGCAGCCGUUGUCGCUGCGUGA